AGAAAAAUUUCAUUUUAAUGUUGUAAAUCUUGCUUGUUCGAAAUGCGCUUGGUUCUCUUUACGGCGCUUUUAAGCAUUGGACUUGUUCAUGCAAGUCCAAUUUUAAAAUCCUAUGUGAACAAAGAUAAUUUGUUUCGAGCUAAACGCCAGAUAAUUAAUUGUGACGAUGCGAGCGUUUUUGGUGAUAAUAGUGAGGUGAUAAUUUCAGAUGGGCAGAUUUACCCAGGCUCAUAUUAUGGCAACACUCGCGGGUUAAUAAAUGAUCAAGAGAUAACAAAUAAAAAGUAUGAGUAUUGCAUUGAUAAAAAAGACCUCGAGCAAAGGAAAGUGAAAAUUUGCGGUGAAUCAUCAUCAGAAACGAGUGAUGGAUCAGAUGGAUUCAUCUCUCGUACUAACCAUGGUGUGAGUGAUGAGACUAGUAAUUUUUCAGGUGAGUGCUAUGAUAAAGAGAUUGCAUAUGAUAAUGAUGAAGUGAUAAUUAAUUCUGAAGAGUCUAACAUCCAUGCAAACUGUGAUCAUAGCGAUGAGGAUGGCGAUUUUAAUACCGACGACGAAGCAGAAGGAUCAGAAUGUAGUAGUGAAUACGAUAUCGCAUCGGACGAACAUUGUCAUGAAAGCUCUGAAAAAACGUUAGAUGAAAAUGAAAGAAAACACAAAAAAGAUGAGCAAAAUGAAGAUAAUUCCAGAGAUAAAGAAAAAAAUUAUAGUGAUAACGAAAACAAAAAAAAAGAUAUUGCAACGCAAACGGAUGAAGGUGAGGUGAGCUCUGAUGGCGACCAGAAAGAAAAAUACAACGGGGAAAAAAGUGAAUCACAGGAUGACAAAACGAGUAACAGAAAAAAAAUACACGACGACAGGAGAACUGAAGAAGAAUCAGAUGAAAGAAGAAAAAGUACUCAAAUCACUGAGAAAGAUGAAAAAACUAAAGUGAGCAGUGAUGAGAUUAAAGAUAAAAAGAAAAAAGAUGACAAAAAGGAAGUGAAUAAUGAUAGUAAUAAAGAUUCUAAUGAAGAUGAAGAUGUUAAAAAAAAAUUGAAGAAUGACAACGAAAAUACCAAAAAGGAUAACAGGAAGAAGGUAAAUGAAGACAGUACAGAAGAUUCUGAUGAAGAUAAAGACGAUAAGACAAAAGUAAACGAUGACGAUAAAAAAGUUAAAAGAGUCGAUAAGAAAAAAGUGACUGAUGACAGUACUGAAGAUUCCGAUGAAGAUAAGGAUGACAAGAAAGUAGUAAAAGACGACGAUAAAAGUGCUAAAAAAGAUGAUAAGAAAGUUAAAAAGGGCGACAAGAAGAAAGUGGAUGAUGACAGUACUGAAGAUUCCGAUGAAGAUAAAGACGAUAAGAAAAAAGUGAAAGAUGACGAUAAAAAAGUCAAAAAAGACGAUAAGAAAAAGGUGACUGAUGACAGUACUGAAGAUUCCGAUGAAGAUAAAGAUGACAAGAAAGUAGUAAAAGACGACGAUAAAAGUGCUAAAAAAGAUGAUAAAAAAGUUAAAAAGGGCGACAAGAAGAAAGUGGAUGAUGACAGUACUGAAGAUUCAGAUGAAGAUAAAGACGAUAAGAAAAAAGUGAAAGAUGACGAUAAAAAAGUCAAAAAAGACGAUAAGAAAAAGGUGACUGAUGACAGUACUGAAGAUUCCGAUGAAGAUAAGGAUGACAAGAAAGUAGUAAAAGACGACGACAAAACUUCUAAAAAAGAUGAUAAGAAAGUUAAAAAGGACGACAAGAAGAAAGUGGAUGAUGACAGUACUGAAGAUUCCGAUGAAGAUAAAGAUGACAAGAAAGUAGUAAAAGACGACGAUAAAAGUGCUAAAAAAGAUGAUAAGAAAGUUAAAAAGGACGACAAGAAGAAAGUGGAUGAUGAUAGUACUGAAGAUUCCGAUGAAGAUAAAGAUGACAAGAAAGUAGUAAAAGACGACGAUAAAACUGCUAAAAAAGAUGAUAAGAAAGUUAAAACGGACGACAAGAAGAAAGUGGAUGAUGACAGUACUGAAGAUUCCGAUGAAGAUAAAGACGAUAAGAAAAAAGUGAAGGAUGAGGAUAAAAAAGUCAAAAAAGACGAUAAGAAAAAGGUGACUGAUGAUAGUGCUGAAGAUAAAGAUGAAGAUAAAGAUGAUAAGAAAGUAGUUAAGGACGACGAUAAAAAAGUUGUAAAGGAUGACAAGAAGAAAGUAAAUGAUGAUGACAAGAAGAGGGUGAAUGAUGACCGUACUGAAGAUUCUGUUGAAGAUAAAGAUGAUAAGAAAGCUGUAAAAGACGACGAAAAAAAAGUAAAAAAGGAUGACAAGAAGAAGGUUAAUAAUGACAGUACUGAAGAUUCCGAUGAAGAUAAAGAUGAUAAGAAAAUAGUGGAUGAUGACGAUAAAAAAGUUAAAAAAGACGAUAAGAGAAAGGUGAAUGAUGAUGACAAGAAGAAGGUGAAUGAUGACAGUACAGAAGAUUCUGUUGAAGAUGAAGAUGAUAAGAAAGCUGUGAAGGAUGACGAUAAGAAAGUUGAUGAAGAUAGUGUUGAAGAUGUAUCUGAUAAAAAGAAUGUUGAUAAGAAAAGCCAAGGAAAAGAUGAUGGGAAAGUUAAGAAAGACGACAAGAAGAAUGCCAAGGAUGACGUGGAAAACUCAAAAUAUAACGGAGAGAAAAGUAAAUCUAAAGAAGAUGAUACAAGCGGUAACAAAAGGAAAAUACAUGACGACGGCAUUACAGAAGAGGAUUCUGAUAUCAGACAGAAUAGUGAUACAAAAAAAAACAAUGAAAACACUGAAAAAGAUGCUAUAAGCGAUGACAAAAAAAUCACUAAAAAUGAUAAGAAAAAUGGACAAAAUAACGAUAAAAAGGAUAUAGACAAUGAUAGUGCAGAUGAUUCUGAUGAAGAUAAAGAUGAUAAAAAAACAGUGAAAGGCGACGAUGGAAAAGAUAAAAAGGACGACAAGAAAAAGGGAAGUCAUGACAGUUCUAAAGAUUCUAAUGAAGAUGAAGAUGAAGAUGAUAAGAAAAAAGUGAAAGACGACAACAUUAAGAUCAAAAAGGAUGACAAAAAGCAGGUAAAUGAUGACAGUACUGAAAAUCUUGAUGAAGAUAAAGAUGAUGAGAAAACAGUGAAGGACGACAAGGAGAAGGUAAAUGAAGACAGCACUAAAGAUUUAGAUGACAAAAAGGAAGGAAAUGAGAAAGUAGUGAAGAAUGAUGAGAAGAAGCCUAAAAAAGACGGAAAGAAAAAAGUAAACAAUGAUAGUUCUGAAGUCACUCAUGGUGAAAAAGAAAACGUAAAAAAAGAUUUAAAAAGCGAUGACCAAAAAAUUGGAAAAGAUGAUAAAAAAGAUACGAAAAUGGAUGAUAAAAAGCAGGUGGACGACGACAGCGUCGAAGAUUCCGUUGAUAAAACAGAAGAAGAUAAAAAAUCCGUUGAUAAAACAGGAGAAGAUAAAAAAGUACUGAAAAACAAUGAUGAGAUAAGUAAGAAAGAUGAUACAAAAGAAAAGAAAAAUGAUGAAAAAAAGAAUGAGGACAAUGACAGUUCUGAAGAUGCGGAUGAUAAAGUAGGAGAAGAUAAAAAAAAGGUGGAGGAUGAUGAAAAGGUUAAGAAAAAUAAGAAUGACGAUGAGAAAAACAUAGAGGAUGACAGUACAAAACGUUCUAAUGACAGCGUUGACGAUUCCAAUGAUAAAAUUGGGAAAAAUGAUAAAAAAAAUAAAAAGGAUGAGUCCAAAAAGCAGGUGAUCAAUGAUGACAGUUCUGAAGAUACCAACGAUGAAAAGAAAGAAGAAAAAAAAGUAGUUAAUGAUGCUGAAAAGAAUGACAAGACAGAUGAUAAGGCAAAGGUUAAUGAUGACAGCGCUGAUAUUUCCGAUGAUGAAAAGAAAAACAGUGAGAAAGCCGCACAAGAUGACGAUAAGAAAGUUAUGAAAAAUGAUGACAAAAAGAAGGCAGACGAAGACAAUCCCAAAGACAUUGAUGUUGAAAAGAAAAAAACUACAAAUGUAGUGGAGGUUGCUGAAGAGGAGAAUAAGAAAGAAGAAAAGAAAGAAAACAAAGAAGACAAUAAAAAGGUGUUGAACGACGAUAAUCCAGAUGAGAAAAAAGAUAAAAAUAAUGAUGGUAAAACAGUAGAUGAGGAUGACGAGGAAGUCCGGACAAGAAGCAGAAAUAGACAAACCAGCGAAUCAAAUGGAAACAAAAUUGAUAAAAAUAAAAGCGAUAAAAAUAACAAUGAAAAUUCUUCUGAGGACGAUUCAGAGGAAAGCGAUGAAACUGUGGAAAAUGUUUAUCCUCGAAGCAGAGAUAGACCUUCCAAAAAUACUAAAAGUGAAAACGAUCACAAUGAUAGUAGAUCAAAUAGUCGCAAGCACCCGGACAAUGAUAAAUCUGAGAAUAAUUUAUCGUUGAAAGCCCGUGCUGACUUCAGUAUAAAUAUACCAAUACCAGGUAUAUUGUCAAAAAACUCACCUAUACCAUCAGAUAAUUUGAAAAAAGUAACAUCCAAUAAUUCAAAAAUACAAACCAGUAAUAACAGUAAAUCAACAGAAUUGGUUCCGCGUGAAAAUAAAACGAAACAAACUAUUCCCGACGGAUCUUUCAAAGUAACUGUUUGCAAAGUUAACGCCAAUCCAUCAAUAUCACAAGGGACUAAUUCAAAAUAUCGAUCAUUGGAAUUUAAUAAAAAAGGUAAUGUUGACAACGAACCAGCUAAAGUUUCAUACGUGGUUACUAUCAGUGAUAGCAAAAAUAAUACUGUUAGCAAGGAAAUAUAUGCAACCUGCCAAGUUCACGAAAAUGGUAGUAAAUUAGCUAGCUGCGCUUUGAAACUCACCGACAACAAUACGCAAGAAAUUAAAAAUUCAAAUUUUCCGUUUCAGGCCGAAGUAGAAUUGCAAGAUGUAACUGAUGACAACUCUAGCCAAAUUCUUCAUAUAACUCUUCGCAAUAAAAAUGAUAAUAGUGAAGCAGGAGAUUGUUAUGGUAAAAUCAGCUUAGCGGUUCCUGAAUGCUUUUCAAAAAGCUAAAUGGGCUUUUUGAAAUAAGUCAUUUAUUCUUAAUACUUUUAUCUUCCUGAUAAGUAAAGAGAAAUAUUGACCACAUUGCUCUUCUGUUCCUAGUUUUUAUACUAUGAACUUUUUUGCUUUUGAAAAUAUUUCUUUUAAAAUUAUUCAAUGCAUGUAAUUUAUAACUUGUAAAAAUA